AGCUGGCGGCGCUGGGGCUGCCGCCGGGGGGGGGCCCGGGGGCGCUGGCCGGGCUGCUGCGGCUCUACCGGGAGGCGGCGGCGGGGGGGGCGCGCCGGGACCGGGAGCUGGCGGCCCUGCGGGAGCGCCUGGGCCCCCUCCAGGUCAGUGGGGUCCCGGGGGGGGGGGUCACCGUCCUGGGGGGGUCCCUGGCCCCGCAGGGACCUGUCCCCUUCCCUGGGACCAUCCCGUCCCCAUGGUGUCCCUGUCCUUACGGUGUCCCCGUGCCCACGGCUGUCCCGUCCCCACGGUGUCCCUGACUCCAGGCUGUCCUUGUCCCCACAGUGUCCCUGUCCCUGUGACAUCCCUGUCCCCGUCCCUGGGGUUGUCCCCGUCCCCACGGUGUCCCUGACUCCAGGCUGUCCCUGUCCCCACGGUGUCCCUGUUCCUGUGACAUCCCUGUCCCCGUCCCUGGGGUUGUCCCCGUCUCCACAGUGUCCCUGGCUCCAGGCCAUCCCCAUCCCCAUGGUGUCACCAUCUCUGGGGUUGUCCCCAUCCCUGCAGCCUCCUUGUCCCCACAGCGUCCCUGUCCCCAUGGCAUCGCUGUCCCCGCAGUGUCCCUGUGCCGGGGGUCGGCAUCCCCACAGCAUCCCUGUCCCCACAGUGUCCUCGUCCCCAUGGUGUCCCCAUGUUGGGGGUCAGUGUCCUCAUCCCCACGGCGUCCCUGUCCCCACAGUGUCCUCGUCCCCAUGGUGUCCCCAUGCCGGGGGGGGGUCAGUGUCCCCAUCCCCGUGGUGCCCCCAUCCCCAUGGCGUCCCUGUCCCCCCAGCAUCCCCAUCCCCACGGUGCCCCUGUGCCGGGGGUCAGCGUCCCCACGGCGUCCCCAUCCCCACGGCGUCCCUGUCCCCGCAGUGUCCUCGUCCCCAUGGUGUCCCCAUGUUGGGGGUCAGUGUCCCCAUCCCCACGGCGGCCCUGUCCCCACAGUGUCCUCGUCCCCAUGGUGUCCCCAUGCCAGGGGGGGAUCAGUGCCCCCAUCCCCGUGGUGCCCCCAUCCCCACGGCGUCCCCAUCCCCGCGGUGCCCCUGUGCCAGUGGUCAGUGUCCCCAUGGCGUCCCCAUCCCCACGGUGUCCCUGUCCCCACGGUGCCCCUGUGCCAGCGGUCAGUGUCCCCACGGCAUCCCCAUCCCCGCGGUGUCCCUGUCCCCACGGCAUCCCCGUCCCCGUGGUGUCCCCAUCCCUGUGCCGGGGAUCCGCAUCCCCGUGGCGUCCCCGUCCCUGCGGCAUCCCGGUCCCCGCGGCGUCCCCGUGCCGGGGGUCAGCGUCCCCACGACGUCCCCCCGGUGUCCCCGCGGCGUCCCGGCGCGGGGACACGGCUGGGGACACGGCGGGCGGCAGGCGCGGGUGGCAGCGUGCGCCCGGGAGGUCGCGGGGGCCCGCGGCGGUGCCGAGCGGCUGCGGGAGCAGAACCGGCGCUUGCUGGCGCAGCUGGAGGCCGAGCGGGCCGAGGUCGCCAGGCUGGGGGCCGCCCUGGCCAGCCGCAGCGCCCAGCACGGCCUCGAGGCCCGGCGCCGCGAGCAGGAGCUGGCCCGGCUCAAGGAGCGGAUGGCCGAGAGGAGGGACCGGCGUCCCGCCAUGGAGCUCCUCAACGCGGUGCCGCGGGCCGGCGGCCGGCGAGGGGCCUGGGGGGCCACGAAGACGCCCGGCACGAAGGCGUCGUCAUCGCGGGGGGCGUGCGGGGUCCUGGGGGUCCCGGCGGGGGGGCGGCGGCGGUGCUGCCCCCCCCGGGGCCCCCCGGCUGCGGCCACGGACCAGGAGAAGGCGGCGGCGGCGCUGCGGGCCGAGGCGGCGGCCGCGCGGGAGCUCAUCGCCCUGCAGAGGCGGCGGGGGGGCCGGGGGGGGCCCCGACGCGCUGGCGGAGCAGCUGCGGCUGCGGGAGGAGCGGGGGCACCUGGCACGGCAGCGACGGGCCUUCGAGCGGGAGCGACGCGCCUUCACCGAGGCCGCCGUGCGCCUGGCCCGCGAGCAGGAGCAGCUGGAGGCGGCGCGGUGGGAGCUGCUGCGGCAGGAGCUCGUGGGCGCCUGGCCGGAGGAGUUGCCCCCACCCGUGAGCUGCCCCCCGCGGAGCCGCCUGGGAGCCCUCGAGGGCAGGCGAUCCGGGGCUUCCGGGAGACGGAGCGGGGGCGCUGGGGGGCGGCGGGGGGGGCAGCGCUGCGGCGGGCGGCGGCGGCCGCCUUCCCCCCGGGUGCCCCCCUGCCGCUGGUCCACGUCCUCGACCUGCACCCGGGCGGCCACGUGGCCCCCCACGUCGACAGCGUCAAGUUCUGCGGCGGCACCAUCGCGGGGCUCUCGCUGCUCUCCGCCAGCGUCCUGCGGCUCGUGAGCUGCCGCGACCCCCGCGAGCGCCUGGAGCUGCUGCUGGAGCCCGGCUCCCUCUACCUGCUGCGCGGCGCCGCCCGCUACGACUUCACCCACGAGAUCCUGCGGGAUGAGGAGUCGUUUUUCGGGGGCCGCCGGGUGCCGGGCCGCCGCGUCUCCCUCAUCCUCCGCAGCCCCCCGGAGCCCCCCUAGGCAGCAGGUCCUUGGUGGUCAUGGGCUUGCGGGUGAGGUAGCGCCGCACCGCCUCCUCCGUCAGCUGCACGUCGCUGGGGGGGCACGACGUGGGGGUGAGCUGCGGCCCCCCCCCCCCCCCCAACACCGCGUUUCCCCCCCCCCGGGUUCCCCCCCCCGGCGCUCACCCGCUGCUGGGCGUCGACUUGCCCGACUGCGGCUGCGGCGUCGACUUGCCCGAGCCGGGCUGCGGCCCCGCGUCCAGCUUGAGGCGCUUGGCGGCCGGCAGCUCCCCCGCCGCGGCCUGGCGCUUCCCUGGGGGGGGACACGGCAGGGGGGGAGACAUUGGGGACACCCCCACCCCCGGCUCAGAGCCGCACUGGGGUCCCAGGAGCCCCUGGGGACACCCUGGAGCUGCCCCAAGUCACCCUGACCCCCCUGGAGCCACCCCAGGGUGUUGAGGCCCCUCUGAGACGCCCCAGGAGCUGCUCAGAGUCACCCCGGGGUGUCACAAGCCCCCUCAGAGCCACUCUGGGGUACCAGGAGCCCCCCAGGGCCACCCUGGGGUGUCAGGGGGCUACCUGGACCCCUGUAGAGCCACCCUGGGGCGUGACAAGCCCCUGGGACCCAGGUGUGACACCCCGGGGUGGCACAAGCCACCUGGAGCCCCCUCAGAGCCACCCCAGAAGCCCCUCAGGGCCACCCCAGGGUCCCAGGAGCCCCUCAGAGCCACCCCAGGGUGUCACGAGCCACUUGGAGCCCCCUUAAAGCCACCCCAGGGUCCCACGAGCCCCCCAGGGUACUAGGAGCCCCUGGGGGCCACCCCAGGGUGUCACAAGCCCCUUGAAAGCCACCCCAGGGUGACACAAGCCAUUUGGAGCCUCCUCAAAGCCACCGGAGCCCCUCAGGGCCACCCUGGGCCACCAGGAGCAGCUCUGAGUGGCCCCAGGGACCCCCCGGCUACCCGGGGCAGUUCAGAGCCCCCCUGAAGCCCCCCAGGCCCCCCCGCCCGGGUGCCCCCCCCACCUUGCUCCAGCUUGGAGGCGGCGGCGCGGAGGGUGGACGAGGUGCUGCCGGGCUCCACGGUGGGCGUCCCCGGGCGGCUGCCGCCCCGCGAGCUGCUGGCCGAGCCCCGGCGCUCCUUCUUGGGGGGCGUCUUCUUCUUCUAGGCGGCGACGGGGGGGUCAGGCCGGCCCGGGGGGGCCCCCUGCCCCCCCCAUCACCCCCCGGACCCCCCUCACCGCCAUGAAGAGCGCCGACGAGGUCUCGCUGUCGAUGUCGCUCUCCUCCGAGGUCUGCGACUCGUCGCUGCUGUCUGUGGGCGCCCAAGUGUCACCACCGGCCCCGUUCCGGCUCCUUUCACCCCAAAACCACCCUUUUUUUCCCUUCUUCCCCCCCCCCCCUUUGAACUGGACAUAAAUGCUGCUCCCCCCUCCCAGA